AUGUUCCUUGGGCUCAGUAACCUCCAGUACUUAUACUUGGAAUACAAUGCCAUAAAAGAGGUGUUAGCAGAGACCUUUGACUCCAUGCCAAAUCUGCAGUUGUUGUAUCUGAACAAUAAUGUGCUAAGGAGCCUCCCUGCCUAUAUCUUUGCUGGCGUUUCCUUGGCUAGGCUAAAUCUUAAGAACAACCAUUUCAUGACUCUGCCUGUGAGUGGCGUCCUAGACCAGCUGAGGUCUCUCACUCAGAUUGAUCUGGAAGGCAAUCCCUGGGAAUGCUCCUGUGAUUUAGUGGCUCUGAAACUUUGGCUGGAGAAGCUGAAUGACGGAGUGGCUGCGAAGGAGAUCAAAUGCGCAUCCCCAGUGCAGUUUUCCAAUAUAGAGUUAAGGCUGCUGAAAAAUGAGAUCCUAUGUCCCAAACUCAUAGCUAGGUCCCCUUUCAUCCUGACCAGUGCUAUUCCGGUAGUGACCUCCAUGUCCCCAGCAGGGGUGGGCAAAGCCCCUCCGGCAGGUCCAGUUCCCCUAUCCAUCAUGAUCCUCAGUAUCCUGGUUGUGCUCAUCCUCACUGUGUUUGUUGCUUUCUGCCUCUUGGUGUUCGUGCUGAGGCGCAAUAAGAAGCCAGCCGGACGCCAGGAAGGCAUGGGAAAUCAGGAGUGUGGCUCCAUGCAACUCACGCUCAGAAGACACAACAAAUCUAGCAAGAAGGAUGACCUGGGAGGGGAGACGUUCAUCCCCCAAACUAUCGAGCAUAUGAGCAAAAGCCACACCUGUGGGAUUAGAGACUCUGCGUCAGGCUUUAAGUUUGCUGACUCCCAGAGACAGAAAAUAAUCCUGCGCAACAGCACUGACCAAGACAAUGACUCACUGGACCCCCGAAAUAAGAGACUGAGCACCAUUGACGAGCUGGAUGAGUUCUUGCCGAGAGAAUCCAACAUGUUUAUUCAAAACUUUUUAGACAGUAAAAGGGGGGAUUUCAACAGUAUAGGGGUGAGUGGGUUUGAGAUCCGUUACCCAGAGAAACCACAUGACAAAAAGAUUAAAAAGUCACUAAUAGGGGGAAACCAUAGUAAGAUAGUAGUGGAGCAAAGGAAAAAUGAGUACUAUGAACUUAAAGCAAAACUUCAAGGUACACCUGACUACCUUCAGGUUCUGGAGGAACAGACUCAAAUGAGUAAAAAGUAG